ACUGUCGCGCGCCUUGUGCCCGUCUCCUAGCAACCAGAGCCCUAGCUGCUCUGUGCCGCUCCAGGCCAUCCGGACCGGACCUUCUGUGUUCCGGACUAAAGUUGGCUCUUAAACCGGGUAAACGGUUAUGGACUGGACCUCAGACUGAACCGAGGCGCCGCCAUGAACGACCGGUACCACCGGGCAGCCCGGGACGGCUACCUGGACGUCCUAAAAGAGGCCACGCGGAAGGAUCUGAAUGCCCCGGACGAGGAUGGGAUGACGCCGACUUUAUGGGCCGCUUACCACGGAAACCUGGACGGGCUCCGGCUCAUUGUGAGCAGAGGAGGUGAUCCAGAUAAAUGUGACAUCUGGGGGAACACGCCACUUCACCUGGCUGCUGCUAACGGACACCUCAACUGUCUGUCCUUCCUGGUGGCUUUUGGUGCCAACGUGUGGUGUCUGGAUAAUGACUACCACACACCGCUGGAUAUGGCUGCCACCAAGGGACACAUGGACUGUGUUCGCUAUUUGGACUCUAUCGCUGCCAAGCAGAUCACCCUCAACCCGAAGCUGGUCAGCAAACUCAAAGACAAAGCGUUUCGGGCGGCUGAGCGCCGGAUCAAAGACUGCGAGAAGCUCCAAAGGAAACACCAUGAGAAUAUGGAGAGGAAGUUCAUGAAAGAGUCGUCUGCUUUUGACAACCUGGAUGCUAUUAGCUUCUCCAGCUACACCAGCAGCAGUACACUGAGCCGCAAGUUUAACACCGUUACUUCCAACAUGCCAUACUCGCAGGCAACUCUGCAUUCGACAGCCAAGGGCAAAGCCAAGAUACAGAAGAAACUAGAGAAGAAGAAGCAUGUCGAUGGAACAUUUAAGAUCUACGAGGAUGGACGGAAAAGUGUGCGCUCGCUGUCUGGACUGCAGCUGGGAAAUGACGUAAUGUUCGUCAAGCAAGGAACCUACGCCAACCCCAGGGAGCGAACCCGUCUCAACAUCCGGGACAUGUUUCCCGGUGAAAACGAUGACGCUGAGCCCGUCUCUCGUGCCAUGAGCGACCCUGGCCUCUACGAGGCUGCGUAUUCCGAGAUCAGUGCUGAUUCUGGACGAGAUUCCCUGUUCACCCGUCCUGGGCUUGGCACCAUGGUGUUCAGGAGGAACUAUAUGACAGCAGGAAUGUUUGGGAUUGGAAGACGGGAGGAAGGAAGCAUGGUAGGAAGUGAACCUACUGGCAGAGCGCCUAAUGUUCGCCUGAGAGGUCAGCUGCCGCGACACUCCCCCAGCUUUGACGAGGAAAGCAUUGGCAGUGCCUACAGCCUACAGGAAAGGAACCUGCAGGAGCUGCCCUGGGAGGAAACGGAUGUUGGGCUGGACGAGGACAUGGAGCCUGAGAACAGUUCUCUAGAGACCUUCUUAGCAUCUCAAGGCUUCAGUGAGUUCAUGUCCAUCUUCAGCAGGGAGAAAAUCGACCUGGAGGCUCUGCUGCUUUGUUCAGAAAAAGACCUCGCCAGUAUUCACAUCCCGUUAGGUCCCAGAAAAAAACUGCUGGACGCCUGCAAGAGACGUCUGGACACAUUAGAGGACCCAGAGACAAUAGAAGACACUGAACUCUGACUCUUGUCGGUUUAGUUUCAAAUAAAUGCACCAGGAAUUGAA